AGCAGAAGUUUAGAGGAGUGAAGUCCACAUGCAGCAUCUCAUGUUUAAUACCAACAAAAUGAAUGCGUCUAACUACUGCAAUAUGAACAUUCCCGGGAUACAUAUGAUGAAUGGAGAAAAUGAAGAGAUGAUCUAUGCUAACACAGGUCCUGUAAACAGUCUUGAUGUCAGGACAGAAACAGAGAAGUCAUUCACCAAAAGCCAUCAAACACCUCAACACACAGGAAGUCACUGGAUGGGAAGCUCCAGAGCAGUUACAGUGUGUUUGGCAGUGCUGUGUGUUCUUCUGCUGACUGCAGUUAUAGUGCUGGGAGUUAAAUGCAAUAAAAACACUGAAGAGACACACCAGCUACUAAACAAAGAAGAGAGAGAUGGCUUAUCAAAUAAUUGUGAGCUGAUUAAACAAAGAGAGAACAUGGAUGGAUGGGUGUGUCAUCAGUCCAGUCUUUACUUCAUUUCUUCUGAGCUAAAGAACUGGAUUGAGAGCAGAACAUAUUGUACGGAGAAAGGAGCAGAUCUGAUCAGCAUAAACAGCAGCGAGGAACAAGACUUUAUUAAAAAGGUUCCUGGUGAUACUGGAGUCUGGAUUGGUCUGAGUGACUUAAAUGUAGAGGACACAUGGAAAUGGGUUGACGGCAGCAGAGUGACCUUUAAGUUCUGGAGAUCUGGAGAACCAAAUGGAUAUACAAAAGAGAACUGUGUUUUGUCUUAUGCAACAGGGUGGAUUGAUCAUCGUUGUCAUGAAGCAUUUAAAUGGAUCUGUGAGAAGAAUAUUUAAUGUGAGUUAUUACAUGAGAGGCAGGUUUAUGUAAUACAGCACAUCAAGGAAUAUUUUUGUCUGUUAAGUAAAACAACGAUAAACUGCAAAUUGUUUUGUGUGUUUAAAUGUUAACGUUAAAACCAUUUUCACUCAGAAAAAUGGCAAGAGAAAUAGCAAGUAACAUAGUAUUUUCUUGUCAAACGUACUCCAAAAAUCCUUGUGCAGUGCAUUAUAAUAAAUCAUCUUCAUUGUUAAAUCA